AUGACUCUGAGGAUAUUGAUAUUAGUGGCGACGAGGCGGACAAGGUGGAUGGUUAUACAAGUUCGGACGAGACAGAGGGCGAAUCGGACUAUGAGGACAGUGGAGAAGAUACGAAUGAUGAGACGGAGCCUGAGCCCGAACCUGACUUUGAAAUGCCCUGGACCCAAAAUGGAAUCCCCAGACCAGCAUUUCCUUUUACAUAGAACAGUGGCGUGCAGUCUAAUAAACCUUAUAGUUGAAGAAACCAAUCGAUUUGCUAUCCAAUAUAUUAUAAAAAAUGGAGAAAACAUAAGACCGCACUCUAGAGUACGCCAAUGGAAAGAAACGAAUACCAACGAAAUUAGGACGCUUAUAGGCCUAUUGAUAUUACAGGGACUAGGUCCUAAGCCUGAAUACAAAAUAAAGAAAAGAUUUCACUUGUUAUUGAAAUUUUUGCAUUUUGUUGAUAAUUCAACAAUAAAUGCCGACACAAAAAAUCGCAAACUUGCCAAAGUACUUCCACUUCUAAACCAUUUAAGAGAGCAAUUUAUGACCAGUUAUGUGCCAGAAAGGGACAUCGCGAUAGACGAGUCUCUGAUUGGCUGGAAAGGGAGAUUGGGCUGGAAACAAUACAUACCUUCUAAACGAAAGAGGUUUGGCAUCAAACUAUUCGCUUUAUGUGAAACUUCUGGUUAUAUGUAUAAUUUUAUCAUCUAUACAGGUGCUGAUACGAUUUAUGAAGCACAGCAUUCUCAGGAACCAGUUACAUCAAGGAUAGUUUUAUCCCUUGUUGAUUCGCUACUUGACAAAGGGUAUCGACUUUUUCUAGACAAUUACUACACAAGUGUUGACUUGGUUAACAAAUUAGUAAAACGAAGAACAGACUGUGUGGGAACAAUUCGAGCAAACAGAAAAGGUAUCCCUAAAGAUUUACAAGUGAAAUUAUCUAAAGGACGGUCUGUUGCUAGAUACAAUAGAAAAAUUAUGAUACAAAAAUGGCAUGACAAGAAGAAUGUGUUGAUAACUACCCUUCACGAUAAAACUAUGGAAAAGGUCUUAACUAAAAAGGGUGAAAUUGAGAAACCCACUUGUGUACUAGAGUACAAUAAAAAAAUGGGCGGGGUGGACUUAGCCGAUAAUUAUUUGCACUACUAUGGAACGGCAAGGAGUAGAGUAAAAAAAUACUACAUGAAAAUGUUCUGGCACUUUUUGAGUGUAACAACGCUAAACUCAUUUCAUAUAUACAAACGAAAUGGAGGUCGACUGAAAAGGAUAAAUUUCUUGUUAGAAUUGGGAGAACAAAUAGUUAGAAAAUAUAGCUCACAAAUAACUUUCGGAACAAGGAGAUCAAGGACACCAAUGCCAUCAAGAUUUAUUGAACGUCACUUUCCGUCGGUUAAACCACCUACUACGAAACAAAAACCAACAAAAAGUGUGCAAUAUGUGCUGAAAAGAAAAUCAGAAAGGAAAGCCGUUACUGGUGCCAAAAAUGCCAUACGGGUCUGUGUCCCGCACCGUGUUUUGAGAUUUUCCAUACCAAGUAACAAAAAAGCUAAAAAAAUAAGUAAGUUUUAA